AUGGAGCCUCAUGGUAGGCUGAUUUUGUUUACCUGCCUUCAUGGAUUCCUUCUUUUAUGCAUGAACACACCUCUGGAAUCUGCAACUCUACCUAGUUGUAAUACUUCUGGAAAUGAAACUGAUCGUCUGGCGCUGCUGGACUUGAAGAAAAGAAUCACUCAAGAUCCUCUCCAUGUCAUGAGCUCAUGGAAUGAUUCCCUUCAUUUCUGCAAUUGGGUUGGCGUUACAUGCAACCGUUGCACCAAAAGAGUUGUGAUUUUGAAGCUGACUGCUCAAAAAUUGGCAGGCUCCUUACCAAAAUCUAUAGGAAAUCUUUCACGCCUUACCGGAAUCGACCUGCUGAACAACAGCUUUGCUGGUGAAAUUCCUCAAGAAAUAGGUCGUCUUCGAAGCCUGCGAUCUCUCAACCUGUCUUGGAAUUCCUUUGGCGGCAAAAUUCCAAGUAAUAUAUCUCACUGUGCACAACUAAGAGUGCUUCGUUUAGGCGCCAAUGAGCUUAUUGGAUCCAUUCCGAACCAACUCAGUUCAUUGGUGAAUUUAUAUUAUGUAUCUGCUACUCGUAACAAUCUCACUGGAGCAAUCCCAAAUUGGAUAGGAAACUUUUCUUAUUUGCAUACUCUUUCUCUUCCGAAAAACAAUUUUCGAGGAAGCAUACCAAAUGAGCUCGGGCGUCUGACACGCUUGGCGGAAUUUGACAUUUCAUUGAAUAAUCUCUGCAUGGAGAGCUACCACCAAAUGUUGGCAUUAGUCUUCCCAAUCUCGAAUUUUUCAUGUGGUAUGAACAACUUCACAGGAGCUAUUCCUGCGUCGUGGUCAAAUUCUUCUAGACUUCAGGAGCUUGAUUGUUCUGCAAAUGGUUUGACCGGGACACUCCCUGCUGAAAAUCUUGGAAGGUUGCGAAGCUUAGUUUGGAUAAACUUCAGUCGCAAUAGACUGGGAAGUGGGAAAGCUGGUGACUUGAAUUUUCUCAGCUUCUUGGCUAAUUGUACUGGCCUAGAGGACUUGGGUCUGGACAUAACCAUUUUGGAGGAGAAUUGCCAAGGUCCAUAG